UUUGGGGCUUUCUUCUUUUCCCAGAAAUAAAGAGAAAAAAAGUCUUAUCUAAAUUGAGUUAAAUAAUUUUAAACUCUUGGGUCGCUUACUGUAAACCAGUUACUCAUCCAGUUUGGUAAGGCAGAUAAAUAUCUAAAUUCCUUCAUGAUUCUCUUUUAGUCAGCUUUCAAGAAUGCCGUACUUUCCAACAAUCAUGACUAUAAUGAACCAACAUUUUGUAAAUGCACAUAGUUAUGUUUCUGCCAUACAUAGUUCAUUUAGUACACAUAGGACACAUUUCAUUUUUUGGGUUGUCUGGUGGUGGCAGCCAUUUUUUUUUAGCAAUUAUAAUCAUGUUACUUUGGCAGUUUACAAAGCUGUGGAUAUUCACAGCUUCUUUAUGCUUCUCCAGUUGUGGUUUUGUUUUACCACAAUAGCAAACAGAAUGUGAGAGACCGCAUCAGAAGAUCAGAACUCUUUCAGUUUGUGCUACAAGAACAGCAUUCUUGACGGAAUACUGAAAAUUAUAUUUUGGUAAAAAGGAAAUGAGUUGUUUGAAGUUGUUUAAUCUAAACAGUAAGACUUCCUUCCAUUUCCUGUGGUUCCGCCUUAAAGGGGUAAGCGGGGCAAAGAUCGCUAGUGAGUACAGAGCAGCUGGUGAGGAUAAACAGAGAACUUUGGACAGCAGCAACUCGAGCAAAAUGAACCAGGCAUUUACAGACGAUUACUCCAGUGAAUACUCUGAUUGUCUGUGGUGUUUUAAUGAAAGUAAGACAGACCCUGUGUCUUCAGAGGUGAACAAUUCCAUGAGGAGACUUUCUCUGGUCAUCUACUUCCUGACGUUUCUCCUCGGAGUUCCCGGAAACAUGUUUGUUGUGUACAUCGCUGGAAUGAAGAUGAAGAGGACGGUUAAUACAAUAUGGUUUCUCAAUCUAGCGACUGCAGACCUCCUGUGCUGCCUUUCCAUACCCUUCAGUGUUGCGGAGAUCCUCCUUAAGCAACACUGGCCGUAUGGAUCCAUCAUGUGCAAAAUUCUCCCCUUCGUUAUGCUCAUCACCAUGUUUGCCAGCGUUUUCACCUUGAACUUGAUUAGUCUGGAUCGGUUUGCUCAGGUGAUCACACCGGUUUGGGCUCAGAAUCAUCGUAAUUUGUUGCUUGCGCGGCUGUCCUGUGCAGCGGCUUGGGUCUUGGCUUUGUCGCUCAGCUUGCCCUUUAUGUUAUUAAGGCAAAUUUUUACUAAUGUUUGCUCAGGCACGCUUUGCACUUUUCAUGCUGAUGAAGAAGGUGAUUCCAACCUUCCGACAUUGGAGUUAAGUGUUAUCAGAUUUGUGUUUGGCUUUUUGAUUCCUCUCAUAUGCAUCACAACAUGCUACGGAUUCAUCGCACGCAAGUUAGGCAGGAGUCAUUUUCACUCUGGACGAGCGUUUCGCAUCAUGCUGGCUGUAAUUGUGGCCUUUUUUCUGUGCUGGCUGCCGUAUCACAUAGUGGAUUUGAUAGUAAGGUACGGAGAGGACUCGAGUUCCAAUGUGGCUUCGGCACUGGAUCCACUGGCCAUCUCUUUGGCGUAUGUCAACAGCUGCCUGAACCCCAUUCUGUAUGUUUUCAUGGGGCAGGAUUUUAAAAGUAAGAUUAAACUUUCCCUAAGACGUGUUUUUGAAAGAGCUUUCUCUGAGGAAGGAACUCAAGCAUCACGAUCCACACAGUCACAACAAAUGCACUCAGUGUAGUGAAGAUAUGAGCUCUUUUAUUCAGUCAUUUUUCUUUACUGAACCUAUGCACUUUUAAACAAAACUCAUUACUCUUGCUUUAAUAUUUUAUCGAAUGCAGUGACAUGUAGACAUUUUUUAGUUUGACCAAAUUACAUUAGGUGUUUUCUGAUUAGACAUCAUAUGAAUUUUUCUCAGAAUAGUUUUCUAGACCAAAUACUCCUGUGAAAUAUCUUGAAAAAAUGUUGUUCCUGUCUUCUUUUAAAAACUGAAACUUAAGAUAUGCAUUAGGGCUUACUUUAGCACUUUUUUUUAAAUAGGAAGUGUCCACUCUGCUUUCCGUCUUUGUCAGGAAAUUAUGAAAUUCAUUAAGUGCAUCUAAAAUCAUGAAAAAUCAUCUGUUUUAAGAGUGUUUUUUCUUUCUGAUUAACAAUGCUCAAUUUUUGGUGCAUUGUUUUUAUUCACUUUUACUUGAAUUAAUCAUGACGAUGAGAUUUCUUGUGUACAGCUUGCAGUCUGUAAUACUGAUGCUAUUUUUAGGCAGGUGCAGUAUUUUGAGGAAGUUAAUGCUGUGCUUACUGAUCGUGUGUGCUCUACAGGCUGAACACUCAUCGUCAAUAAAACAGGCUACAUAUACAUCAAUAUUCUGUCUUAAAUGCAAAGUUCCAGUGUCUGUAUAUACAAUAGGCUACAUAAACUACUAAGAAUAGCUACUAAUACUUUACUAUUACUUUGUGUGUGUAACAUCAAUCCAGAUUUGAAUAUUUUACUGUUUACUGCAUUGUAUUUGAUCAAGAUUGUCUUUUCAAUUUAAGAAGUGUAUGUUUAAAGUUAGAAUUACUGUAAUGAUCAUUAAAUAUUCAGAUUGACAUUUAA